AUGUUUAUACAGUAUAGGUUAUUUAGUGAACAUUCAUUGUGGAGAUUAUUAGAAAUAAAUAAAAAUGAAAAUUAUAUUUCAGUUAAUGAAUUAAAAAAUAUAAUAUGUAAGCAAAGUAAUAUUAAUUAUAAUAACAAAAUUGAUAUAUAUUUUUCUAUAUAUAAAGAUGAAGAUAAUAAUGAAUAUGUAAACAAUAAAGAUAAAGAAAAGGAAUUAAAAUAUUUAAACAGUGAUGAUAAAAUUUAUAAUGGAACAAAAAUUCUUGUUCAUAGAAAUAUAAAAAAAAAAAGUAACGUUUCUGAUAUUACUCAUAAAGCUAAAAAAGAGAUAACUUUAAAUGUUGAAGAAAAACAAAAAAUUAAUAUACCAAAUGAAUUCUUAUGUAAAUUAUGUAAUUUAAUUUUAUUAGAAUCAUAUAUAAUUGUAUGUAAUAAUAAUUGUGGUUAUUCUGUAUGUAAAAAUUGCAUUUUAUUUUAUAUAUUAAAUACCUUAAUAAAAGAAAAUGAAAGAAAAGUAAAUUAUAUAGAUUUAUCAUUAUUAAAUGAUAAUGUAAAAUGUCCUAUAUGUAAUGGAUUUUUAAAAUAUUGUAUUUUAAAUAAAAAAAUUGAAUUAACUUUAGAGAAAUUACAAGAUGAAAGAAAUGAUAUCGAUUCAUAUAAUCUUAAUAUAGAUGAAAGAAAUAAUAAAUUUUUAAAGAUUAUUGAAAAACUAAAAAUUGAAAAUUUUGAUUAUAUAAAUAAAAAUAAUAUAUUUGAUAAUGAGAUUUUUGAAAUUAUUAAAAAAAAAUUUAUCUAUUCUAAUGUUAAUAAAAAUUAUAAUAGAACAACAAAAACUGAGGAAAAUAAAAUAUUUCAUCAUUUUUUAUAUUUAAUGGAAAGUAAUAAAUUAAAUUGUAUAAAAGAAUAUAAUAUGAUAUAUAUAGAUUUUGAUAGCUUAAUAUUUGAUUCCAUUCAAAAAAUUAGUGUAAAAAAUAUAUAUGAAGAAAUUCAAGAAAAAAACAGAGAAGAAAAUGUAGUAAACGAUAAUAAUAACAUUUAUGAUAUUAGUGAUAUAAAUAAAAAUCUUAAUACUGAUGAUUGUAACAACGAAUUAAAUAAUAAGAAAGAUGAUGAAAGUUGUAAUAAAACAUUGACAAAUAAUGUUAUAAAAGAUGUAUUAAUCUCAGCUAAUGUAAAUUCCAAAUGUGUAAAUGAAAAUGAUAAUAAUAAAAAUUUUAAUUUAAAUGAUGAAAAUAGUAACACGAACGAUGAAACUAAGAAUAUAAAAGAUAAUUCAACCAGUGAAAUUGAUGAUGAAUUAUAUAAUAAAAAUAAAACUUAUAUUAUGCCUAUAUCUUUUGUUGGUGGAGAAACUUCAUAUUCAUUAAUUGGAGUUUUCUAUAUAAAAGAAUUAUUUAUUAUUAUUAAUGAUAAUAAUAAAAUAGAUAAUGAAAUAGAUGAAAAUAAAAAAAAAAUAAUACAGAAUUUUCUGAAAAAGUGGUUUCAUAAUGAGAAUCAAAAUAAUGAAAAUAUUUUGGAAAAAUUGAAUUAUGGGAAUAUAUACAAGGUAGAUUAUGUUAAUAAAUAUGAGAAAACAUGUUUUUUUCCAGCAAAAAAACAGCCCAUUUAUAAUAUUAUUAAUAAUAAAAGGCAAAAAAACAAAAAAAAAAACAAUAUUGAAAUUAUAUUAGAUUUAAAAAAAUUCAAAGAUGUUAUUCUAAGUGUACACAAUUAUAUUAGAUAUGGGAGUAGGCCAACUUAUUAUGAUGUUAAAAAAACAAGUGCCACUAAUAAUACAGAAGAUGAAGAAAAGAAAAAUUAUAUGAUGACAAGAGAAAAAGCAGAUACCCCUUGCUCCUCAAUUGAUACAAAUGAGAAUCAGUUAAAUAUAAAAUUAAAUGAAGAAAGUAAACAAAAGAAUGCUAUAUCUACUAAUGCUAUAAUAAAAGAAAAUGGAUUUCAAGAAAUUUUUGAAAUUCUGUAUGACACUAAAAUUGCUCCGUUAUCUAUACAAAAUAAUUUUAAUAUUAAUAAUCCAUAUGCUGGUUAUUGUGCCUUAUUACCUUUUUUAACAAAACAAGAAUUUGAUUUUAUUAGAAAAUUACAAAGAAUAUAUAAAGAAAAAUACCUCAAAGAGCUUUAUAAGUAUGUUAAGAAAAAUAAUUUACAUAUGAACAUAUUUUAUAAUGCUGUAAAUGCUAUAUUUUUUUCUACUAUUAAACAGUAA